AGAAGUGUGGUCUGUUAAUGCUGGGAUCAAGCGCCGUACGAUGGUAAGGUCGCCUCCAGCGCGCCGCGGUGCAUGCUUUCGGUGGCCAGAUAGCAAUGGGGAGAUGGACGGACAGUCGCCGAAGUGACUUUUUAAUGCAGCAAGGGCAUGCUGGUUAGUGCAGUCUGCGCGCACUGGUCGAUCCUCUUAGGGCAGUGAUUCCACGUGCAGUUUACCGGCGUUUUAAAGACAACAUGCCAACUGACUUAAACUUCACCUCAUUGCUGAAUGUCUCUGAGCUGACCAAUCAGACAAAAGGAUGUCACCUUACCAGAACUGCGUUUCAGUUUUAUUACCUUCCCACAGUUUACAUAAUCGUUUUCAUCACUGGAUUAAUAGGUAACAGUUUAGCUAUAUGGAUGUUCAUCUUUCACAUGAGGCCCUGGAGUGGCAUCUCCGUAUACAUGUUCAAUUUGGCUCUGGCUGAUUUUUUCUACGUUCUGUCAUUGCCCUUCCUAAUUUUUUACUACUUUAACAAAACUGACUGGAUAUUUGGCGACAUACUGUGCAAACUGCAGAGGUUUAUUUUCCAUGUUAACCUCUAUGGAAGCAUUCUGUUCCUGACGUGCAUCAGCAUGCACCGGUACACAGGGGUGGUGCAUCCGCUGAAGUCACUGGGCAGACUGAAAAAGACAACUGCAAUAUACACCAGCGCCCUGGUGUGGGUGGUGGUGGUGGUAGGGAUCUCCCCCAUCCUCUACUACUCCCGGACAGGCUUGAAGAGGAACACAACCACAUGCUACGACACCACGACGGAGGAUGAGCUGCAGGGCUACUUCUACUACAGCAUGUGUACCACUGUGCUUGGCUUCUGCAUCCCUUUCAUGAUCAUCUUCGGAUGUUACGGGCUCAUAGUCAAAGCGCUCAUCUUCAACAACAUGACAGACUCACCUCUGCGCCGCAAGUCCAUCCACCUGGUCAUCAUUGUGCUGGUCGUCUUCUCCGUCUCCUACUUGCCUUUCCAUGUCAUGAAGAACUUGAACAUGCGUGCCAGGUUGCACUUCCAGAGCCCGGAGAUGUGCGACUUCAACGACAAGGUCUACGCCACCUACCAGGUGACCCGUGGCUUGGCCAGCCUCAACAGCUGCGUGGAUCCCAUUCUCUACUUCUUGGCAGGGGACACGUUCCGGCGGAAGCUAUCCCGGGCCACAAAGAAACCCUCGAAAAAGGUAGAGGGGACCCAGUCCAAAAGUGAGGAGACUGCACUCAACAGCCUUCCGGAGAGCAUCAAUGACGGCAGUAUGUGACUCCAAGAGGGGGUCGCUGAGGUUAGGGCAUGGCCGACAUGCAUGCUCUCUUUGGUGAAGGAACAUGGCCAUUCAUUCUUCCUGUGAACCUUCAAAAUACACCCUGUUACUGUAUUAUUUUCAUUAAGUCUUGUGAUAUGUUGUGACUGUGGGUGAAAGAUGAGACUGCCCCCUGUUUGUAGGAGCAGGCAGUGCAACACGGCCAUAGCAUUGCGCUCAUUAACAUAUUAAGUAACUAACCGCUUUCGCUUAAGAUCAUCACAUCGUGGUACAAACGUGAUUAAUGCAUUUUUAUUUAGUAUGUUCUGUGAUCAGUUUUAGUCCAGUUUACUUAUGAAUAUGAAUUCUAUUGAUUCCACUACGGUGGCUGAUUAGAUCCAUUGUGAAUUCUUGAAACUUACUGUAUGUGAAAUAUGAAGGGAAAGAGAAUAUAUAUCAAUUCUGAAUAUGUCAGUGUAAUAAUGUAGAUGUCAUUCUCAAGUUUUAACUCUUUGAGUCACGGGAGCCACUGAGAGAAGAAACAUUAGCUGUUCAGUUAUUGCAUGUGACUAGUAUGAAACCUUGGAAACUGGGGACAAUUAACAAUAAAUGUCGUUCCCUCA